AUGGAAAGAACUGGCGUAGGGCGGAGCGGCGCCUGCAAGGGCAAAGCUGAACGGGGUAAAGCUGAUCUGGGUAAAUCUGAACGGAGUAAAGGUGAACGGGCCAAAGUUGAACGGGCCAAAGCUGAACGGACCAAAGCUGAACGGACCAAAGCUGAACGGGGCAAAGCUGAACGGGGCAAAGCAGAACGGGGCAAAGCAGAACGGGGCAAAGCAGAACGGGGCAAAACUGAACGGGGAAAAGCUGAACGGGUCGAAACUGAACGUGUUGGAGAUAAGAAGGAUUUCAAAGGAAGUGAAAGAUCCGCUCUUACACAGGUGGUGGAAGUGUACAAAGAGAUCCAGAAUCAGCAAAUGAAUAUCCUUAAGGCAUUUUACGUGGAUUUGCUGGUGCCACUAGAAACAAACUUGGAAAAAGAUACUAAAGUUGUCCAGAGCGAGCAGAAGCGCUUCCUGCAGCAGCACAAGCAGCGCUCCGAGACGUACAGCAAGGCGGCGGCCGCCAUCAAGAAGCAGCGCAAGAAGAGCAAGGGCGCCUCCAAGACCGGCAUCGCCAUGGACAAGGAGCUCAAGAACAUGCAAGUUUUGGAAGAAGAGAAGUCAAAACUUGACGCAUUCUGUGAACAGAGUCUUAAAACGUAUCCCCUUGAUCCCCUUUAUGCUGAUUCGAGGAGUGCUACCGUUGUUGAGAGGGAGUUGCUGUCGCAGGCCAUGACGCAAGAGCGGCGGCGCUACGGCUUCGUGCUGGAGCGGCAGUGCUCGCUGGCCAAGCACUACCUGGCCUACCACACGCUGGGCAGCUCCACCCUGCAGCGCCACCUGGACGGCUGGCAGGACGUGGCCGGCACGCGCGAGUUCCUGCCCGAGGCCAUCGAGUCC